GAAAUCGUAUUCUUUUUCUUGGUAUGAGUUGGGCUUUAGCAGUCUUUAUUUUGCUUGCCCCUCGUGUGCGUUUACUGGGCGUUAAACAUGCACGCAGCAUUCUCUAACUAGCUUAUUAGGAGACACCACCCCACUCGGCCAGUUUGUCAAUCGUUGAUCGCGGAUCGGGUUCGAAAGCCGUCUAUUGAAAUGUCUCAAAAUGUCAGUGUCUGUGAUAUUGACCCUACCCUGAAAGAUGAUCUUAGAAAGUUUCGCUUCAGGAAAGCGACUAACAAUGCUGCCAUUAUAAUGAAAGUUGACAGAGAAAAACAGUUGAUUUUCAAAGAAGAAGAACUGGAGGAUAUUGAUGUGGAUGAGCUGAGAGAGGCUCUACCUGAACACCAGCCACGUUUUCUGGUUUACAGUUUCAAGCUUGAUCAUGGUGAUGGGAGAAUAUCUUACCCUAUGUGCUUCAUCUUCAGCAGUCCACAAGAUUCAAAAACAGAGCUUCAAAUGAUGUAUGCUGGGAGUAAACUUGAACUAGUCAAAGUGGCUGAAUUAACAAAAGUCUUUGAAAUUCGCGAACUGGAAGAACUAACUGAAGAAUGGCUUCACUCAAAGUUGCUCAAAUAACAACUGAAGACACUUCAGAGAUUUUUUUAUUUUGUUUCAAUUCAUACCUGUUACACGGGACCAUACUAUACACCGAAACCCAAUGGGAAUGAAAUAAACGAAUUACACAACA